GGAUUGAAAGCUCUAGAAAAAGACUGCUUUCUACCCCACCGCUUCUCUUUUCCUCUCCCGCCACAUGUAACCUCCAUAACCAAUUCACGCCCUUCCCACCUCUGCUCAUGUCCAUUUCUCUACACUCCCACAGCUCCUUUUCUCUCCUGAUUCAAUAAUUUAGGGUUCAGCCUUCCGCAGGGGUUGCUAUGUGAUAUGGGGGUCACGAAUGAUGACGCCGUAUUGAUCGAGAAAGGGAAGAAAGCCGGUGAGCCUUACGUGAUAACGGUGAAUUGUCCGGAUAAGACUGGACUGGGCUGCGAUAUUUGCCAUACUAUUCUCGAAUUCGGGCUCUAUAUUACCAGAGGAGAUGUUUCAACAGAUGGCAUAUGGUGUUAUGUAGUUUUGUGGGUGAUUCCUCAUUCUAGCUCUCAUGUUGUGAGAUGGAUGAAUUUGAAGGAGCGCCUUCAGUCUAUCUGCCCACCCUCAAUACCAUCAUUUUACUUAAACCAGCCAUCUCAGCGGGCCUCUUCUUCUCCUGUUUACUUGUUGAAGUUCUGUAGCCUUGAUCGAAAGGGAUUAUUACAUGAUGUGACUGAGGUCCUUGAUGAGCUUGAGCUUACCAUUCAGAGAGUAAAAGUAACCACAACUCCUGAUGGUUAUGUUCUGGACCUCUUCUUCAUAAAAGAUAACUUGGAGCUCUUACAUACAAAAGCAAGGCAAGAUGAAACAUGUGAGCGGUUGUACACUGUUCUUGGUGAAUCAUGUAUUAGUUGUGAACUUCAGUUAGCAGGCCCUCAUUGUGAAAACCUUCAGGGCACUUCUUCUUUGUCUUCAGUUGCUGCUGAAGAAUUAUUUAGAUUCACUUUAUCAGAAAAGGAACCUCGCUCGCAGGCUCUUAGCCAGGAUAUCACGGAGUUGAAAAGGGCUAGUGUCAAAACUGACAAUUCCUUGAGUCCAGCUCAUACUUUACUUCAGAUCAACUGUGUAGAUCACAAGGGUUUUCUUUAUGACAUUAUGCGAACAUUGAAAGACUGGAACAUCAAGAUAGCAUAUGGUCGAUUCUCCCCUGUAAAUAAGGGUCGCCGAGAACUUGACCUAUUUAUUCAGCAUAAAGGUGGGGAAAAGAUAGUGGAUCCUGAAAAGCAAGAUGCGUUGUGCUCUCGCUUAAAGCUGGAAUUGCUUCACCCUCUUCGUGUUCUUAUCACAAACCGUGGUCCAGACACCGAGCUUUUGGUGGCUAAUCCAGUGGAGGUGUCAGGGAGGGGAAGACCAAGGGUUUUCUAUGAUGUCACUUUCGCCCUAAAGAGUCUUGGGAUCUGCAUAUUUUUGGCUGAGAUUGGAAGGCAUUCAGCAGCAGAUCGUGAAUGGGAGAUCUACAGGUUCCUUUUAGAUGAAAACUGCAAUUUUCAGUUGUCAAGUAAGGUUGUUAGGAAUCAGAUUGUGGACAAGGUUAGAAGAGCACUCAUGGGUUGGUGAGUUCCUUUCACCAUCACCUCGUCCUUUUCGUUCAACACCAUCUCUUUCCGAUUGAAAAUAGGAAGGAUGUUACAUUUGGUGUUGCCUGUAAGAAGAUACAAGAGGAGAGGGCUCUCCUUUUUGUAUGGGAUGAGUGGGGUGAGGUGCAGGUGUUUUUCAAUGCAAAGAUGGCCUCCUUGUACAGUUCUCUUGAUUUCUGGUUAGAUUAUAGCAAGCAAAGUUCAGUUUGUAGUUCUGGUAAAGAACAAAUUUUUCGUUGAGAUUUCAUUCUUGAAGAUGCUUCUUAGUA